GGCGCUGCGCCCCGCCCCCGCCCCCGCCCAGCUCCUACCCGACGGCCCGCUCCGCACAGGCUCCGCACCCGGCUCCACGCACCGAACGAGCGCCUUCUCAGAACCAGGGAAGCCCUACUCGCCUGAAGCCAAGAUGUCCAGCAAGCGGGCCAAGGCCAAGACCACCAAGAAGCGGCCACAGCGGGCCACAUCCAAUGUCUUCGCGAUGUUUGACCAGUCCCAGAUCCAGGAGUUUAAGGAGGCCUUCAACAUGAUAGACCAGAACCGAGACGGCUUCAUUGACAAGGAGGACUUGCAUGACAUGCUGGCCUCACUGGGAAAGAACCCCACGGAUGAGUACCUGGAGGGCAUGAUGAGCGAGGCCCCGGGGCCCAUCAACUUCACCAUGUUCCUGACCAUGUUUGGGGAGAAGCUGAAUGGCACGGACCCUGAGGACGUGAUCCGCAACGCCUUCGCCUGCUUUGAUGAAGAGGCCUCAGGUUUUAUCCACGAGGACCAUCUUCGGGAGCUGCUCACCACCAUGGGCGACCGCUUCACAGACGAGGAAGUGGACGAGAUGUACCGUGAGGCACCCAUUGAUAAGAAAGGCAACUUCAACUACGUGGAGUUCACCCGCAUCCUCAAACAUGGUGCCAAGGACAAAGACGACUAGCUCCACCCCCUGAUCCCCCCAAGCCCAAGCCCCUGUCCCAGUCACCUGCUCCCCACACACGCUGUCUGUACCAGCUCUGUGCCCACGGGACGUUCUAAGGGGACUGUCCCUCUGAGGGGUUAGGGGCUCAGCUCCCAGUGGAAGAAAUGGGCCAAGAGAGCACAGUGCCAGGCAAGGGUCACACAGCCAACGUGAGGCAGGUGUGUCCACUGUGACCCUCCAAGAAAGGAUCACUUAGGGGGCUGGGCCUGAAGGCACCCAGGGAAGGCCCCACGAAAGCCCAGGCCACAGCUAUUGCCUGCCCAUCCCAGGGCUGUCCCCACAGGAAGGGCCCUGUGUUCUGCCUUGGGACAGCACUUCACGUGCACCCCAUGCAGGGCAUGAAAGCCCUUUCCCAACCACUGCCACAAGCACAAGAACCUCACCAGGGCCCCUUCUCAGAGGACAGGAUGCCAGACCCCUCCCCUCCAGAAGAUGCAUGUAGGCUGGAGCUUGUCUCAGGGGAGGCCGAGUGUCUAAUAGAAGACUGAGCACUGC